AUGACCCCCACGGAAGACGACGGCGACGACUUCGUCCUCAUCUCUCACGCCGACGCCCACCCCUACCCCCCCGCGGGACCCUCCUCCUCGCCCGAAUACCUCGACGAGAUCUCCGCCAUCGUCGACGACCUCGCCAAGAGCCUCUGGCCCGUCAACAAGACGAUUCACGACAACCCGGAGCUCGGCUACCAUGAGGUCAUUGCCCAUGACACCCUCACGGCCUUCAUGCGCACCCAGCCCGGCUGGAAGGUCACGCCCUCGGCGUACGGCAUGGAGACGGCCUGGGUCGCCGUGUGGGACAGCGGCAAGAAAGGGCCCGUCGUCUCGUUCAACGCCGAGAUGGACUGCCUCCCCGACAUUGGCCACGCCUGCGGCCACAACCUCAUAGCGAUGGCCUCCCUCGCCGGGGCCCUCGCCGCCGCCACCCUCCUCGCGCGCCACCGCCUCCCCGGCAAGGUCGUCCUCUUCGGCACCCCCGCCGAGGAGGGCGGCGGCGGCAAGAUCCGGCUCCUCGGCGCCGGCGCCUACGCCGACCACGGCGUCGACCUCAACCUCAUCUCCCACCCGGGCAUCGUCGCCGACACGGCCAUGAUGCGCACUACUUUGGGCCGCGAGGCCCACGCCGCCGCCAACCCCUGGCUCGGCGUCAACGCCCUCGACGCCCUCGUCACGGCCUACAACGCCGUCUCCGUCCUGCGCCAGCAGACCAUGGCCCGGGCGACGUCGUCCAGGGGCCACAUCACCCACGGGCGGGCGCCCGGCCCCAACAUCAUCCACGCCUACGCCGCCGGCAGCUUCGUCGUCCGCGCCGACACCCGCGCCCGCCUCGCCGAGCUCCGCGCCAAGGUCGACCGCUGCUUCGCCGCCGGCGCCGAGGCCACCGGCGCCGCCCUGCGCCUCACCCCCACCAUGGCCUACAUGGACCACGUCCCCAACCGCGUGCUCGCCCGCUCGUACGUGCGCCACUUCAACGCCCUCGUGCCGGACGCCGCCGCCGCCAUCCCCCUCGACCAGGACAUUGACGAGAUCCGCGGCCGCACCAUGGCGAGCACCGACCAGGGCGACGUGAGCCACGCCAUGCCCAGCCUGAACGUCGGCUUCGCCAUCCCCCCCGGCGAGGGCGGCCAGGGCCCGCACAACCCCAAGUUCGCCGAGUCCGCCGGCACGAGGGUGGCGUUCGAGAACAGCCUGCGGUCCGGCAAGGGGCUGGCCGGCGUGGCGAUCGACGUGUUUACCCAGAAGGGCAUGCUGGAGGAGGUCAAGAGGGCUUGGAGGAAGGACAUGGGCAAAUGA